GGAGUCACGACCUGUGAUUACUCCACGAUAAACAAAUCCGAAAUUAGUUGUCUGCUCGUUGUCACUUGAUUCAAAAAUGAGAUUUUUCCACUUGGCGUUAUUAUUUAUUGUCAUCAAAUCGGGCGAAAGUCGGGACUUGUGGGGACUAGGAGUACCAAAACUGUUCGUACCACAGCUCCAGAAAAAUCGUCCACUUCAACUAAACCAGUCGUACCACCAGCUUGAAAUCGUGGACGUUUCCGGGACUAUUUUUUCCGAUUCUUUUUCGCAACUCCACAAUGUGACGGAGCUCCGGUUGAGCCACAGCGAGGUCCGAAAAAUUGACUCCGGAGCCUUGUGUUCACCCCCAAAUUUGACAAUUUUGGAACUUGAUUUGAGCAUGAACAGUGAACCCCCAAAACUGAGCAAAAACAUGUUCAAAAAUUGCGAAAAGUUGGAGCAACUUUUUUUGAAGUUUGACUAUAACACGCCUUCGACUAUUGAGGAAAAUGCUUUGGAGGGUUUGGCCUUGGAGGUAUUUGGGGUUGAUAGUCUAAAAGUGGAACAUUUGAGGAAAAACUUCUUGAAGCUCAAUCCGCAAAAUUUGAAGAAGUUGAUUUUGUCUCACAUUCACCUAACCGGGAUCGAAGCCGGCGUUUUUGACAGUUUUUCGAAGUUGGAGGAAGUUGAGAUUGUCCACAACCCGGAGUUGACUCAACUUCCGGUUGACUUGUUCGAAAAAACGAAACUCAAACGGUUGAUUUUGCGUGAUAAUGGACUUGAUUUGACUUGGGAUGAGUUGAAAAAUUUGCCAUUUUUGGAGGAAUUGGACGUUUUUGAUAAUCAAAUUAAGUAUUUCAAUGCCACCAAAAUUCACACAAAUUUGCCAAAAUUGAAGAAGUUCUUCAUGGAACUGAAUCUACAAUCGUGCAAGACUGUGGAAAUGUCCAAGAAGGAGUUGAAGGAGAAGUACCGCAGUAUUGAAUUCCCAGACGAGCAUUUUUCCCAGUUUUGUGAAAGCAAGAACUUACAUUUAUAAAUGUGGGACAAUGAUAAGAGUGAUAAAUCGAAAUGUUAAUAACAUUCAUUGCGUGACUAUAAGUUGAUUAGUGCUGUCUUCACAAUGAAUUUCAAACUUUUCACAUUUUUGUUGUAUUUUCAAAUUUUCGAAGGCCAAACUCGUGAUUUUUGUGACCAAAAUUGUGUCGAAAUCAGCGGUUUGCGAGGCCCCCUUUACUACGAAACCCUAACCCAACUCUACGGCAUCACCGACUUGAAAAUCUUCAACAACCAAAUCACAGAAAUUGAAACUGGCGCCAUUUGUUCACUGCCUACUUUACAAAAGUUGGAACUAAAUUUCGCCGGCAAUUUUCAAGCUCCACCACUGUCUAAAAACACAUUCCGGCAAUGCAAACACCAACUCCGCCACUUAUUUGUCAAACUCGACUUUGAAAAGCCUUCAAAAAUCGACACCGACACGUUUGAAGACACACAUUUGAGGACUUUGGCUCUGGAAAGCCACAAAAUCGGGUUUUUAAAACGCAAUUUUUUGAAGCUGCGACGUGAGAGCUUGACGAGACUGGUCCUCAUCAGGUGCCACAUUUCCGGGAUUGGAAGCAACGCCUUUGAAGGAUUAGCGCAUUUGGAAGAACUCGAAAUCAGUUACAAUAAAAACUUGACUCAAAUACCCGAAAAAGUGUUUCGCGGAUUGAUAAAUUUAAGGCGCUUGUUUUUGGAUUAUAACAGGAUUAGGGAUUUGAGUUGGAGCGAGUUUGAGGGGUUGUCUAAACUCGAGUUUUUAAAUUUGAGCGGAAACAGGAUUCUUAAUUUUGAUCCGGAUAAAGUGAGUCGGGUUUUGCCAAAUUUGAAGUAUCUGGAAAUUAAGAAAAAUUUGUGGCCUUGUAAGUUGAAGGAAAAUUUUGCGAGUAAAUUGGUCGAGAAAAUGAACGAUUCGGUCACUGUUGUGUAUUCUGAUGAUAAUGUUUGUGUACAGUAAUAAAGUUUUGAUAAGAAUUUUGUGGUUUUGAUACACUUUGCCCUCAUUCUGCACUGAAUGUUAUUUUAGUGCAAAAUUGCAUACAAGAUGUUUUUUGAAAGCAUCUUUUUGCUUAUUUUGGUCGUAAAUCCAGCAUUAUCAAGUCUCUGGGAGGACAGUUUGCCUGAAAUUUCCGAUAUAGAGCUAAGGAAAGAACCGCUUCAAAUUAACGAAACUUAUACUCAAGUCAAGCUUGAUAAUGUGACCGGAACCCUUUACGCAACUUCCUUAUCAAAAUUAUCAAAAAUAACGGAUCUUCAGAUUUACACCAACGGGUUAGAAGAUGUGGAAGACGGUGCUUUUUGCUCACCCCCGAUUUUGAAAAACUUUGAAAUUAUCUUCAACACAAAGGAAAAGCUUCUAACAAUUACCAAAAACAUUCUCAAAGGUUGUGAUAAGCUUGAAGGGUUGGUAAUAGUGACAGAACCCGACAAUAUGUUGAUGCUUGCCGAAGAUGCGUUAGAAAAUUUGCCAAACUUGAGAAACCUUCAAUUGAUGGGUUUCAACCUAACUCAGCUCUCACCAAACUAUUUUAAAAAUUUAAAUUCCUUGCAAAUUCUUACAAUCCGAAGUUGUAACGUGGCUAGAAUUGAGCCAAAUUUUUUCAAAAAUUUGCCAAAUUUGAAAGACUUGGAAAUCAGUUGGAACGAAAUAACUGAAUUGCCUCAAAAUUUGUUCAAAAAUAGCUCAAAAUUGGAGGUUUUAUCUUUUUAUAGAAAUAAUUUAACAAAUGUGACUUGGGACGAAUUUGAUGGCUUAAAGUCGCUAACAUAUUUGCACGUUGGUUCGAACCAAAUUACAAGUUUUAAUGCUGAAAAAAUUGCGAGAUAUAUGCCGAAUUUGACGGAACUAGAUUUUCCUAUUAAUCCUCUGGAUUGCAAGAAGAGGGAAGCUUUCGCUAAUGAACUUAUCGAGAAAUUAAAUCGCACUAUUAAAAUCAGGCAUAAGUUUGAUCCAGGAUAUCACGAUUCAUGUGAGGUUUACGACGUAAAAUGGGAUGAUGAUUAAAUUGUACUUUUGAUGGACAAUAAAGUGAUAACCUUU